AUGAGUCAACCAUCUUUGAAACAGAAAAAGAAGAAUGAGCCUGGAAUGAAGUACUCAAAAGAGAGUCUAGAUGCAGAGAAAAGAAAGGAUUCUGAUAAAUCUGGAGCACGUCUGAGUACUCAGAUGAGGCGUACAGGCAAUCCGAAUCACUCGAUGAGAUGUUGCCCCAUGCGGUAUCACUACUCCUGUAGACGCUGCCUUUGUACAGCUGAGGGAACUAGCCCCUGCUGCACAAUACGCAUUUAUAUUCACAUGGGCCUGUUGUGGGAGCAGGGCCGGCAGAUCACCAUGAUCAGGGUGAGCAGAGAUGGAAUGACUGAUUUGGAAGGGAAGCCCCAGGAAACCUGGGGAUCUCAAGAAUUAACUGUGCCCAAAACGGACUCUGGAGGGUACCCGGUGAGAAAUCAAUGGUCUCGAACAUCACAGAGCCCACUCACCAGGGCUCCAUCAGUAGACGAGCCCAGAAGCAGGAACACUGUUGUUAAGGCCCCCAACAGCUCCAGCACCUCCCUGACUUCAUCUGCCUCCCCCAGCCAGCAUGAGUCUCCUCCACUGCAGGAAUUGGAGAAGCUGGUGUCACCACAGAACACCCAGAUACAGCCAACUGCGGUGGUUGAAUCCCUGCCUCCCACGCCCCCUGAGCUGGAGCCCAGCCCCGGAAGAGCUCUAGAACUCCGCCAGGACCCUAGAGACUUGCAGCUGCGGGACUAUGCGCACAGCUGCGACUCCCAAGAAGGAAUCUCCAAGACGCGGGAGUAUCCUCGCACGCCUCCAACUGAAUGGAAGUCCUACGACCAGCGGCGUCUGCAGUAUUCCACUUCUGUGAAAGUCGACCAUGACUGCAUGUCUGAAGUGCAGCAGUGGCAGCGGCAGCAGCAAGAGGAAGAUGAGGUGGACGAAGCCUAUUGGUCAUCUGUGAGCAUGCUAUAUGAGAAGAUCCCGAGCUGCGCACGUCCCAGGCCGCCCAAACCCAAGCACGCCAUCACCAUUGCUGUCUCUUCCCGGGCACUGUUCAAUAUGGUGGAUGACAGGAAAAUCUAUGAAGAUGAAGGUCUGGAAAAGUACAUGGAGUAUCAACUCACUAAUGAGAACGUCAUCCUGACCCCCGGACCUGCAUUCCGCUUUGUCAAGGCGCUGCAGCAUGUCAACUCUAGACUCCGUGAGCUAUAUCCCGAAGAACAGGACUUAUUUGAUAUUGUACUGAUGACUAAUAACCAUGCUCAAGUGGGAGUGCGGCUUAUAAACAGCGUCAAUCACUAUGGUUUAUUAAUUGACCGCUUCUGUUUGACGGGUGGAAAAAGCCCCAUUGGCUAUCUGAAGGCAUAUCUCACCAACUUGUAUCUUUCUGCAGAUUCUGAAAAAGUCCAAGAAGCAAUAAAAGAAGGCAUUGCCUCUGCAACCAUGUUUGCUGGAGCCAAAGACAUGGCUUACUGUGACAAACAGCUCCGCGUGGCCUUUGAUGGGGAUGCUGUUCUCUUCUCUGAUGAGUCUGAACAUAUUGCCAAGGAGCAUGGGCUGGACAAAUUCUUUCAACAUGAAACAUUAUUUGAAAAUAAGCCUCUUGCUCAGGGUCCCUUGAAAGGCUUUCUGGAAGAUUUAGGCAAACUGCAGAAGAAAUUUUAUGCCAAAGAUGAACGUUUACUUUGUCCACUUAGAACCUACCUGGUUACAGCUCGAAGUGCAGCCAGUUCAGGUGCCCGUGUGCUGAAGACCCUUCGUCGCUGGGGUCUAGAGAUAGAUGAAGCUCUUUUCCUUGCUGGAGCCCCCAAAGGUCCUAUCUUGGUGAAGAUCCGGCCUCACAUCUUCUUCGAUGACCAAAUGUUCCACAUUGAAUCUGCACAGAAAUUCGGCACCACCACAGCUCACGUACCUUAUGGCAUUGCUCAAAAACACACCUAGGGAUGGGGAGAAUAAACAGUGACAGUAUGGUAUUUCAAGAAGCACUUGUUUUGGGUGUCUAGAGUCAUUAGGAAUUUCAGAGGACUGGACCUCAGAACUUAGCUCCCUUGGAAAGGUUUAUUCGUUUGGUUUAUACAUUAAAAAAAAAAA